GGCGGUUACUCCUCGGCUGAAUCUGGUUAUGCGUGCAGUCAAGAUGUGAGUGUUUUCGCGCAGUCGUCGCGGAUCCGGCCUUCGAUUCUUCCUAUGAAAGAGACACAUAUUGGCCGGACUUGAUCGCAGAAGCACUGGCCGAGCAACUUGACACGACAAGGAGCUUGGAAUCUCAGCAAACGCACCGCGAGGACGCAACGGAAAGAUCUAGUAAGGAUGGCAGCGCCGGAGGAAAAACUCCCACGCAAGCUGUGGGAGCAUCCCAACCCCCAGUCUACGAACAUGUGGCGCUUCAUCCAAACGUGCAACGCCCGGUACGGGCUCAAGAUGUCGACCUUCCAGGACCUGUACAAGUGGUCGGUGGGAGAGUCUCGGAACGACUUCUGGAACGCGCUGUGGAGCGAGAUCAGGCUCAUCCAUGAGGGAUCGUACUCGCGACCCGUGGACCCGGACGCGAGGAUGGACUCCAUCCCGGAGUGGUUCAAGGGCGUGCGGCUCAACUUUGCAGAGAACAUCCUCUACACGAGGGGCGAGACGAAAGAGAGCCGCACGACGUGGGACAAGAGCGACGAUAAGGUCGCCUGCACCGAAGUCAGGGAGGGCGGCACCGAGGUCAAGGACUACACGUGGCGAGACCUGCGGCGGAAGGUUGCGCUACUCGCGAACGCGAUGCAGGCCCAGGGCGUCAAGAAGGGAGACAGGGUCGCUGUUGUGGCGAGCAACAGCUUCGACACGCUGUGCGUCUUCCUCGCCGUCACCUCUCUGGGCGGCCUGUUCAGCAGCUCCAGCACGGACAUGGGCACCAAGGGCAUCCUCGACCGGCUGCUGCAGAUCGACCCGGUAUACGUCUUCUUCGACGACUGGGCCGUCUACAACGGCAAGACAACGGAUCUGCGGCCCAAGAUCCGGGACAUCUUGAGCGGGUUGGCGCCGCUGAAGAACUUCAAGGGCGUCGUGACGAUGCCGCGCUUCACGUAUUACGCCAACGUGAGCGGUUUGCCCAACACCGUCACGCUGAACGAGUUCCUGGUCGCGGCGCGCGGCGACUAUGAGCUGCGGUUCGAACGUGUGGAGUAUCGAGACCCCUUCUUGGUCGUAUACUCUUCUGGCACGACCGGCGUGCCCAAGUGCAUCGUUCACUCCGUGGGCGGCGUCCUGACCAGCUCGAUGAAGGAGGGAAAGCUACAUCGUGACCUGGGCCCGCAGACUGUUCAGCUGCAGUACACAACGACCGGCUGGAUCAUGUACAUGUCCGCUGUGCUCAGCAUGCUGGCAGGGGCCCGGGCAGUUCUGUACGACGGGUCUCCUUUCCAGCCAGACCUUACGGCCUUUAUCAAGGUCAUCGGUGAACAGAAGGUUACCAACCUAGGAAUCUCGCCGCGUUACAUGCACGAGCUGCAGAAGAACAACGUCUCGCCACGCGAGGUGACGGAUCUCAGCUCGCUGCAAAGCUGCACCAGUACCGGAAUGGUGCUUAAGGACCAGCUGUUUGAGUGGUUCUACGACGUCGGCUUCCCUCCGCACGUGCAGCUCGCUAACAUCUCCGGCGGUACAGACCUAGCCGGCUGCUUCGGCAUGGAGAAUCCGCUGACCCCCGUCUACGUGGGUGGUUGCCAGGGGCCCAGCAUCGGUACUGCAAUUGCCGUCUACGACCAGACCAUUGAAGGAGGGAAGGGCGUCAAGGGCGUGGAGCUCGAGGACGGCACUCCAGGAGAACUUGUUGCUCCGCUCUCGUUCCCGAACCAGCCCGUCUUCUUUUGGGGCGCCGAUGGGGCCCAGAAGUACUACAACUCCUAUUUUGCCCGUUUCGACGACGUCUGGACGCACGGCGAUUUCAUCAUGAUCCACCCGAUCACGAAGCAGAUCUUCUUCCUUGGCCGCGCUGACGGCGUGCUCAACCCCUCCGGCGUACGCUUCGGUUCCGCGGAGAUCUACAACGUCGUCGAGCAGUUCUUUCCCCAGGUUCAGGACAGCAUAUGCGUGGGACAGCGGAGACCCAACGAUCACGAUGAGACCGUCCUGCUGUUCCUGCUAAUGGCGCCCGGUCACAAGUUCAGCCAGCAGCUCGCGAAAGACGUGCAAGCCAAGAUAGGACAGGAACUGAGCAAGAGACACGUGCCGAAACACGUGUUCGAGACGCCGGAGAUCCCGACAACGAUCAACCUGAAGAAGGUCGAGCUGCCGGUGAAGCAGAUUGUGAGCGGACACACAGUCAAGCCUUCGAGCACGCUCAUGAACCCGGAUUCUCUGAAGUAUUACUAUCAGUUUGCUGACAUUGAGAAGCUGCUGGAACAGGGUAGCGUCAAAAGUAGACUAUAAAUGGAGACUUACCUGUUAAAAAUCACCACAACGUGUAUGCUUCCUACGUCCACGUUCCAGGAUAGGUUGUCAGAACAGCUAGAUAUUCUUUUCUUCUCCUUAUUAUUCGAAUUAUGGCGGGGGAGAGUUAUAGGGGUGAGAUGACUAAUCUAGAAUGUAACAAGUUGUGUCCAAACUGUAUGAUACGCCUGCUUCAUUUGCCUUCAGAUCCUCG